AUGGAUGCUCUCAUUGGAAAUCUAAAAACUCAUGAGAUGAAUCGAAAUCAUGAUCAGUCAAAGAAGGAAGUCAAGAAAGAUAAGUCUUUGAUGCUGAAAUACAAAUCUGAAGAGGACUCCAGUGAUGAUGAUAUGGCUUAUAUCAUCAAUAGACUUCAGAAGAUUGUGAGAAAGAACAAAGCUGAAAACAAAGAAUAUCGAAAAUCAAGAAGUGAUAAAGAGAAGAGAAAGGACCUGGUACUCAAUAAAAAUGAUCGAAAAGCUGCUGCUGAUUAUGUGGUCAAAAAGGCUCUUGCUGCAUGGGGAGAUUCCUCAAGUGACUCAGAAGAUCCUGAUGAACCAAGUGAUGUGUCAAUGGUGGUGGUUCAUGAAGAGGAAACCAUAUUCAAUGAGUUAAUUGAGUUAACUUCUGAAAGAGAUAUUAUGAAUGCUGAGCUUGAAAGUUUGAUUGAAAACAAAUAUAAAAUGGAAGAGAAAUUGCUGAAAAUGGAAGAUAAACUGAUAAAUGAAGAAGCUGAAAAGCAAAAGGGAAAGUCUAAUGGUUUAAAAGUUGAAAUUGAAGAAAAACUGAAAACCUCUGAGACAAAUCUUGGGCUGGCUUUGGAGAAGAGCAACAACUUAGAAAGAAAUAUUGUCAAACAUAAGGAUGAACUUGAAAAAUCUCUUAAGUGGACAAAAUCUUCUAAGCUGCAGUCUAAUGUAACAAAUCAAAGUAAUUUCAAUAAGAAUGGUCUAGGAAGUUUGAAUAAUACUCCUCCUUUAAUCCUCACAGCAAAUAUGUUUUUGUGUCUGACAAUUUGCUUUGCCUUCAUUGUGGGAAAUGAAGUGAAGUUUACUUCUGAGAAGUGCACUGUGGUUAAUCUAACUACAAAGAAAGUGAUUCUUACUGCCUUUAGAAGUAAAAACAUGUAUGUGGCUAACUUAGAAACGUCUCAUGGAGAUGAUCUGACAUGUCUUAGUGCUCAAAAUGAAAAUGCUAAUCUGUGGCAUAGAAGACUAGGGCAUGUGAGCUCAUCUUUAUUGAAUAAACUGAUUUCAAAGGACCUGGUCCUAGGUUUGCCAAAGUUAAAAUUUAGUGAAAACAAAAUUUGUGAAGCAUGUGUCAAAGGACAACAAAUCAGAUCAUCCUUCAAGUCAAAGAAGCAAGUAACAUCAUCAAGAGUACUGGAGCUGUUAAACAUGGAUUUAUGUGGACAUUUGAAGGUUCAAAGUAGAAAUGGAAAGAAAUACAUUCUGGUGAUAGUUGAUGAUUACUCAAGGUACACAUGGACAAGAUUCCUAAGAUCAAAGGCAGAAACACCUGAAGAAUUGGUAGUGUUUUUCAAAAUGAUUCAAACAAAAUUGAAUCAAGUGAUUGUUGGAAUUAGAUCUGAUCAUUGA